AUGGCGGAGGACAGCGAGUCCGCGGCCAGCCAGCAGAGCCUAGAGCUGGAUGACCAGGAUACCUGCGGCAUAGACGGCGACAAUGAGGAGGAGACCGAGCACGCCAAGGGAAGUCCUGGAGGGGAUUUGGGAGCAAAGAAGAAGAAAAAGAAGCAGAAGAGAAAAAAGGAGAAACCAAAUUCUGGAGGCACCAAAUCAGAUUCUGCAUCUGACUCCCAGGAGAUUAAAAUUCAACAACCUUCAAAAAAUCCAGCCAUUCCAAUGCAGAAGCUUCAAGACAUCCAGAGAGCAAUGGAGCUGCUCUCUGCGUGCCAAGGCCCAGCAAAGAAUAUUGAUGAGGCUGCCAAACGUAAAUACCAGUUCUGGGAUACACAACCUGUACCUAAACUUAAUGAAGUUAUAACUUCACAUGGUGCAAUUGAACCAGAUAAGGACAAUGUCCGCCUAGAGCCAUAUUCUUUGCCACAAGGUUUUAUGUGGGACACAUUGGAUCUUAGCAAUGCUGAAGUUCUGAAGGAGUUAUACACACUAUUAAAUGAGAAUUACGUAGAAGAUGAUGAUAAUAUGUUUAGGUUUGAUUAUUCACCUGAAUUUCUUCUGUGGGCAUUACGUCCUCCGGGCUGGUUACCGCAAUGGCACUGUGGGGUUAGAGUGUCUUCAAACAAAAAACUGGUAGGAUUCAUAAGUGCCAUCCCUGCAAAUAUUCGUAUUUAUGACAGUGUGAAGAAAAUGGUAGAAAUCAAUUUUCUGUGUGUCCAUAAGAAACUGAGAUCUAAACGGGUGGCACCUGUACUGAUUCGGGAAAUAACCAGAAGAGUAAACUUGGAAGGAAUUUUUCAGGCUGUUUACACUGCUGGAGUGGUACUUCCCAAACCUGUGGCCACUUGCAGGUAUUGGCAUCGAUCACUAAAUCCCAGAAAACUGGUGGAAGUGAAAUUUUCACAUUUGAGUAGAAACAUGACUCUACAAAGAACAAUGAAGCUUUACAGACUUCCUGAUGCCACAAAGACUUCAGGUUUGAGACCAAUGGAACAAAAAGAUACUAAAGCAGUACAAGAAUUAAUCAAUACUUACUUGAAACAGUUUCAUCUUGCUCCUGUGAUGGAUGAAGAAGAGGUGGCCCACUGGUUCCUGCCUCGGGAUCAUAUUAUUGACACUUAUGUGGUAGAGGGUUCAAAUGGUAUUUUAACAGACUUCCUAAGUUUCUACACAUUACCUUCAACAGUGAUGCAUCAUCCUGUUCAUAAAAGCCUCAAAGCUGCCUAUUCCUUUUACAAUAUUCAUACAGAGACUCCCCUGUUGGACUUAAUGAAUGAUGCACUCAUUAUAGCUAAAUUGAAAGGAUUUGAUGUGUUCAAUGCGCUAGACUUAAUGGAAAACAAAACAUUCCUGGAAAAACUCAAGUUUGGGAUUGGAGAUGGAAAUUUGCAGUAUUACUUAUACAACUGGAGGUGUCCAGGCAUGGAAUCUGAAAAGGUUGGUCUUGUAUUACAGUGA